UUGCACUGUCGCACUCAUCUUCUCAUAAGCCAACCAAAUCAAGCCAAGCAAAUCUCCGAAGAGUUUUUGUUUCGCUUAUCAGCAGCCGAGGAAGAUGCAGCAAGCUGUGGUCUCCAACCUGCACCUUAUCACCACAUCAUCAUCCCCUGUCCAUCGUGCAAGCUGGCUCACAUCGCCCUGCGUGCCCAAGAGAGGCUCGGCGAGGGUCCGGUCUAUGAGGAACGGCUCCACGGAGAGCCUUGACCACCUCCAGAGGGUGUCCAAGGCCAAGCAGCAGCAGGGGACUGCUCCAAGAAGACGGGCCAUCCAAACCACACCGUUUGGGCUACGGGACAGCUUCCCGGAAGCAAGAACGCUGGACCAGAUGGUGCGCACCAUGGAGCGCAUCAUGGGCGGCGAGGACGACGACGACCGCGUCCUCGUCGUGCCCGCAGCGGUGGCGGCCCCUGCGGUGCCGCGCGCCGAGAACGGCGUCCCAGCAGCCACGGCGGCCGCGUACUGGAAGGGGCGGACGCCGUGGGAGGUCAAGGAGCGCGCGGGGGAGUACCUGGUGAGAUUCGACAUGCCGGGGAUGACGCGGGAGGACGUGCGGGUGAGCGUGCAGGAUCGGACGCUGGUGGUGGUCGCCGAGAAGGCUUCAAAGCAGGAAGGAACCGAGGAGGAAAAUGAAGAGGAGGCGUGGCCGGCGGCGAGCUUCGGGCGGUAUAGGACACGGGUGGAGCUGCCGGAGAACGUCGAGGUGGAGAGGAUCGCGGCGGAGGUGAGGGACGGCGUACUGUACCUGAUCAUCCCCAAGGUGUCCUCAGGGGGCAAGGUCGUCAACAUUCAGGUGCAGUGAAGUGACGAGCUCGAGCUCGAACUCGGAGGGGAGCAUCUGGAUGGACCAACAUGUACAACGCUCUGCUACCAAUUUCGUCGUCUUUCUAUUUUUGCGUGCCUGACAACGGGUAACUUCUGCUAUAUUUGAAAUAAAUCUACUAUUUGCUAUCAUAAGCUUUCAUGAAGGACAGGGAAAGCGAAUAGAUGGUGUGAUAACAGAAGCGACAUCAAUUUGAUGUAACACACUUCUUAGGCUAUUUCCAAUAUUUUGUUUUCUAUA